CUCAUGUCGUCACCGUCUGUGUGAGCGCGGGACUGUCAAAACAUAACAGGAGAGUAAAUUUUAAUCCAUCCUUCAAAGUUAUUUCAGUCUGCAUAUUUUGCACUAUUUUAUCUACACACUUUGCGCUGUACCCGACUGGCCUACAUCUAUAUUUGCCAUGGGCUCAAAGUUGAUAUCGAGUGCAAGGGAGUUUACCACUAUUCUUCGAUCUCUACAAGAUGAGGAAAGCAGGGAUUUAUGCACAUAUAGGGAAAACAUCCAAAUCUUAAAGAUGAAUGGAGCCAAAUUCACAGCGGUGAAUAUGUAUUCUAGCUGCCAGACGAUUUUCAUCUGUGAAAAAGCUGUUCCAAAAAUAAGUGAACCAGCUGAUCAGUCAGUGUCUGACACAUCCAACUGUUCGGCCGAUGAGGCUGAUAAUAGUGCUGAUAUUCUGCAAACAGAACUGGGACCACAGCCACUAACAGUCACAAAAGCAAGGGAAUUGCUGUCUUUAUAUACAUUAUCUCAAAAUGCUGGUGUGUCAGAGGUGGACAACAGCUCAGUUUUACACCCUCUGUGGGUACGAUGUGACAUGUCUGACCCAGCUGGAACAACUUGGUUUGGAGCUGAACCAGUGUGCGCAAGCAAUAAAAUAAUUGGUGUCAAAUUGUACUCUAUUACCUGUAAAGGUUCAACUGUAGACAAAAGGUCUCUCAUAACCUUAGAGGAACUAAAACAAGAGCAUAAGAAAAGGCACCACCCAUCCUCGAUGGGGAUUAAAUGCAGUGCUAGGUUCAACUUGUUUGGCUCCACUGUUGUUGAAAACACCACCAUCGAGUCAAAGAGCAGUGUGUCGGUUGAUUUCAAGUGGAAUCACGUGGAGAGUGUCCUUGAGAUACCACCUCUGUCUUCCACAGCAAUGCUUAAUAUCAAAGUUGCCAGUGGAGACAGGAGAAGUCCAAUGUUUAAGAUGUACAGGGAGAUAGAGUUUCUUCAGACUCUUGCUGAUGGUUUGAGAACUGGUGAGACUGAGUGGAUAGAACCGCUGGAAAGCACAUCAGCUGUAAAUCUGACGAAGACCUACCUUGAAGAACUUCAAAGCACGACAAAAACAACUGAGACACCGAAAAUGAAACCUGAGACAGAAACUCCCAUUUUCAACCUUUUCUUGGAAAGAGGUGAUUUGGAUUUUGUGGAACAGCUGUGGGUUCGGAUGAGAAAAAGCGUGACUUCAUACCAGGACAUUGGAGACUGCCUGAAGAUGGUCAUCGAAGCCCUAAGAUAUGGUGACAUCAAGCCCUGGAUUCACAGAGACAGCAGCAGCUCCCUUAGCAAACUCAUUCUGCAGUCUUACCACCAGCCGAUCGGGCGCGUGUCUCUUACAGGUGUCACCCCCGUAAACAUGCUGCUAGAAAUGGGUCUGGACAAGAUAAGAAAAGACUAUAUCAACUACCUCAUUGGUCAGGAAUUGACAACUCUGAACCACUUGUGUUACUACCUGAGCACUGAGGUGGAUCUGCAGGAGCAAGUGAUCCGACUGAGAAAACUGCACCAUCUGCUGGAAAUCAUUGUGACCUGCAGUACAUUCCUGGGUUUGCCCUACGACCGGCUCUUCCUUCUCACACAAUCGUGUUUGCAGCAUUAUAAAACAUCCCCGUAUGAUGAGGAGCAUGAAUUCAAACUCCAAAUCACACCUGCUCUGAUCAGCCAUUUCUAUCAGAACGAGCAUCCACAGCUGUGGAGGGUUGAGUUAUUCAGUGGCCACGGUCCUCGUGAGGUGAGGUCAACCUUACAGCUCAGCAGCAGACCGUUGGUGGAUCAUGUCAUCUUUGAAACGGAUUACCCAAAGGAGGACAGCGAGGAACCUGCUUUCUUUUCCACUGUGGUAUACUGCAGCCUUGUCAUCUUUGCAUGAAUUUACAAUCCACAACAAUAAAGGGUGUAUAACAGUGAGUGUUGUUAGUUACAUUAGCAAUGAACAAACAUGCCCACUGGACUUAGACUGCUUUAUCUGUCAAAUAUUUCUGUUAGAUGUUUUCAGUGAGCCUUUAUGUUUGUGUUACUUAACUAUUCUUUAUCAACAUAUUAACUACUCAAGAUGAAAGUUAAAAGAAAUGGAAGACAGUUUCUGCUAAACAACUUGGUUUUAUCUCAGUAAAAACACAAAUUACAAUAGAUAUAUGAGAUGUUUAAAGGACAGUACUCCACCGCAGCAUUCUAAUAAGAACUUGUGAUAUGUUGCAGGUGUAUUCACACUGCUUAAGUGUCUGCUUACAAAUUAAAUAUUAUAGUCUAGACCAAUGUUUUUUUCUAACACUGUAUGCACAUCAAAUGAAUAAAGUUGAUAAUCUUUAAAUUCAGUUCAAAAAAUUAUUUAUCUUCACACAUAAUCCAUUAAAUAAAUGAUGCACUUUUGAUGCUU